AUGGUAAAAGCUCCAAAAAAUGUCACCUACACAUCACUUCAGAUUCAAAAAGAAAUUUUACAUGUUAUUUCAACUAAAGUGAAGAAGGUAAUUAGGGAAGAAAUUGGUGAUGCAAAGUUUUGCAUAUUGGUUGAUAAAGCUCGUGAUGAGUCCAUGAAAGAGCAAAUGGCUGUGGUUUUAAGAUAUGUUGAUACAAAUGGCUUUAUGCGAGAACGAUUUUUUGGGAUUGUUCAUGUUAUUGACACUGCAGCAGGGCAAGGAUAUGAUGGUGCAAGCAACAUGCAGGGUGAGUGGAAUGGAUUACAAGCUUUGAUUUUGAAUGAUUGUCCAUAUGCUUACUACAUUCAUUGUUUUGCACAUCGCUUACAAUUGGCAUUAGUAGGAGCAUUAAAAGCAGUUGUCCCUCUUAAUAGAUUUUUCACUAAAUUGAUUUUGGUUAUCAAUAAUAUUCGUGCUUCAUGCAAACAUAUUGAGCAAUUAAAAAUUGCUAGAGCUUCUAACAUUGCAUAUUUGAUUGAUAUUGAAGAGCUUGAGAUUGGGAAAGGACUUAAUCAAAUGGUCACUUUACAGCGACCUGGAGAUACUCGUUGGGAUAAUUUUUAUCCAAUAGACUUCACAGAUGAUGAAAAGAAUGAUUUGAAAAAGGAACUUGAUCUUUAUAAAGUGGUCAAGCUUGUGCUUACUCUUUCCGUUUCUACUGCAACUACAGAGCGAGCAUUUUCAGCUAUGAAUGUCAUCAAAACUGACCUUUGCAACAAAAUGGAAGAUGAGUUUUUGUCAGACACUAUGAUAUUCAUUGAAAGGGACAUUGUUGCGACAAUUAGUACGGAUUCAAUCAUAGAUGAUUUCGAAGAUUUAAAAAGACGGCGAGUUCCAUUUUCAUAA